AUGAGUCAAUACAACAGAGGAUAUAAUCAAAUGGGUGGUGGUGCCUACAAUAACGGAGCAAAUCCGUAUGCCCAGCAAGACGAUUACGAUCCGAAUGGAUACAACGGUGGAGGUUACGGCCGACAAGGAGACGUCGAAAUGCAACCGUUCAACCAGGGCUAUGCCGGCGGCGGCGGCGGCGGUAGCGAUGCCAUUUUGAACUCUUGCCGCGACAUCGACCGGGAGCUUCAGCAACUGAAUGAGCAGCUGGAUCAGCUGGAUCGCCUGUACAAGCGCGCAGCCAAUGCUCCUGAUCAGUUCGGCCGCGAAAUCGACCAGAUGAGCUCGACCAUUAUGAGUGGAUACAGAGCUUUGGUGGAUCGUGUCAAGAAGAUCAAGUCUCAACCUGAAUCUCAAACUGCAAGGAAUUCCGGUCAGGUUGGACGUAUAGACCGCAGCCUCAAGCAAACGAUCCAAAGGUAUCAGAGCAUGGAGAGAGAGUACAGAAGGGAUAUGCAGCAACAGGCAGAGCGACAGUAUCGCAUCGUAAAGCCUGAUGCUUCUCCGGAGGAAAUCCGAGAAGCGACUGAGAAUCCAGAGGCACCAAUCUUCCAACAAGCACUUAUGCAGUCUGACCGCCGCGGCCAAGCCACAUCAGUCUUAAAUAACGUCCGAGCCCGACAUGAGGAGAUCCAGAAGAUCGAGCGACAGAUGACAGAACUCGCAGAACUGUUUCAGGAUCUUGACCGAAUUGUUAUGGAGCAAGAUGAAGUGAUCCAUAAUAUCGAAACGAAAGCUGAAGAGACUGGCACCAACGUUGUUGCAGCCAAUGAGCAAAUCGAUACGGCGAUCGAUCUCGCGAAAGCUCGGCAACGGAAGAAGUGGUGGUGUGUGCUUAUCGUAGUUCUCAUCAUUAUCGCCAUUGCCAUCAUCAUUGGUGUCGUCGUUGCCGUUCUCAAGAAGUAA